CUGCAGAGAAAAAAUCAUUUCUUGGUUUCCGCAACAGUCGCAAGCUUCAUCAAGAAUCUCAUUUCUCUCAACGAGGAUGUAAUCUUAGUUUGCAUAUAUCCCCAGGGUAUUGAAUGGGAAAUUUGGUCAGUGUAUAUAAACCCCACUCCACGACUACAAAUGGUACGAAUUUCGAUCUUGUCCUCAGAGGAUCAAAGCUCCUAUAAAAUCCAAAAGAAAUAAUAUACAAAUCAGCGUAAUUUAUAAUAUUUCUCGUGAUAGAGAAAUGGCCAAGUCCGCUCUUUCUGUGGUGUUCUUGGUAUCAGGACUGCUCUGCGCUGUUGUUGGCGAUCACGGCAAGGAACUUGAAAUCAUUUCCCAAGGCAUGGUAGUGAGAGGAGACUCUGCCUACAACGAGGUUCAUGGGAGAAAAGCGCACGAGGGAAUGAAUCACGUCGAAAAACACAAAAUGACGUCAGAUGAACAGAAGAACGAAGCUUUCCUCUUGGACCCAAGAUCCGUGAAAAAAGAUCACGUAGAAAAUGAACCUCACAAAGAGUCUCAUCAGGUCGACAACAGGCCUGAAAUAGCCGCAGGAAGCGAUCGCUCCAAUGAAGACCCUAACCGAUCUGCAGAAAACAAAGAGAAGAGGAACGAGUACCAACCAGAGCACGUUCAUCAUCACCAGAACCCGCAUUCGAGGGAAGAUCGAACAAGUGGAGAAGCAGAUCGUCACGAGGGGAGACAUGAUCGUUCUCCUCAUAAGCAUCGACACGGGCGUUCUCACCACAAGAAAUCAAAGAGCCUUGAUGAGGAAGACAGACAUGAUUCCACAGAAGUAGAACCUCAUGCUGAUGCGGAAAAGAAGCCCGAGCAUCAUCACGAGCACCACAACCGAAAGCAUCAUCACGAGCACCACAACCGUAAGCAUCAUCACGAGCACCACAACCGUAAGCAUCAUCACGAGCACCACAACCGUAAGCAUCAUCACAAGCACCACAGUAACCAUCACCAUCGACUCAAUCACCACAGUGAAGAGCAUGGAAUGAAGCGACACCAAUCUCAAAGCUGCGAAGCUGCUAAUCACUUGAGUGAGAUGAACUGCCAAGCCCACCACAAGGUGUCAAGACACCACAAUCGACGUCACCGCGUGAAUCAACCUGUUCACAUCCCGAAAAGCAUGCCACAUAUUCAACCACAUUUUGCUCGAAAACAAGUUGAUUCGGAUGUGGACAAGCCUAAGUUGCGUCAGAAACGGUCUCGUUUGCAUCACAGACGUCCUCUGAAGCAUCUUCUGAGAAAGCCCAAGGGUCCAUCUAAGUCUGCUGGGCGUCCUCUUAGCAAGAAGCUUCACAAACUGCGCCAUUAUCAUGGAAAGCGUACACGCGUAGCAGUCGCGGCUUAA